AUGUUCGAGUCUCAUUUGUCCGUGCGACAGCGCCCGGUCGACCCAUCUCAAAUGUACAGACACUCCCGCACGCGCACUACCUCGUCCAACGUCUUUCCGAAUGCCGCACCGCAACCACAUCUGCCACCGCACAUGCAGCCCCGCGAGCCGCAAAUGAGCCACGCACAGCGCUCGGCCUCCGUCAACACCUUUAGCACCGUCUCUAGCGGCGGCGGAGGCAGCGGCAACAUGGCGCCACCGGCCGCCUACCGCACCAGUCCGACCACCGACGUCCGCCGGUCCACCUCCUCCCGCUCUGGCAGCGCCUCCGUAGCCCCUCAGACCUCAUACGUCGCCCUGCUCCGCCGCCAAAAGGCCACCGUCUGGAGCGAGCGUGCCCAGUUUGAGGACCCCCGCAUCGCUGCCCAGCAAAAGGCCGCCCGCAUGCGUGCCAACCGCGAGAUCCACGGCGCCGGUGGCGGCGGCGGUGGCGGCUACAACGGCGGUGUCGGCGGCACACGCACGAGCACGGGCAUUAGCUCGGCCGGCGGCAAGAUGUCUGCCAAGAUCCGCCACCACGGCAGCAAGGCCGGUGCCCUGGGCUUCGGCGCAGAUAGCAACUACGUCGGCAUUGGCGGCGUGCCUCUGCGCCUGAGUGCCACCGAGGUCGAGCCGGAAGACAGCGAUGAGGACGAUUUCGGCGCUGGCGGGUCGGGCAUGCGCCUCAACCACCGCCGGACGGGAAGCAGCGGCCGCAGUAGCACGGCGAGCGGCCGGCGCAAUCCGCCGUACCGGACGUCCACGGGUGGACUGGCGACGUCGGGCUCGGGAAGUGGCAGUGGCAGUGGCACCCGACGCUACAGCCCCAACGACACCCCCGAACGUGCCGACAGUCUUGUGGACGACGGUGCCUUCACGACGUCGGCGGCCAGUGGCCUGCGCGACGAUGCCGCCAGCGAGAAAGCGCGCAGUACGGCGAGCGGUAGCAGCGCUGAGAGGGCCGACAAUGUGCCCGAUAUGGCCUCGUCCAACCGCCUGCCCGCGAACAGCACGAUCAACCAGACACUCACGCGUGAGCGCAGCACGCGCAACCCGGAAGAUCUGCGGCGCCGUGGCAGCGUCGACGAGCGGACCAUGACACUCUCGACGGCGGGCCGCCUGUUUAUUGCCAACCCCGAUUAA